AUGCCAAUGUUUGGGAAGUAUGCUGAUCAGGUUUGAAUUUUAUUUUCCAUUGUUUAAGAGUAUGGCAAUGCAUGUUAAUGAUUUUGAAACAAAGGAAAAAAAAUUUAAACCAGGGAUAGAACGUAAGGAUUAUGCUUUUGAAGUUACGAUCUUAAUUAUAAAAAAUAUAAGGAAAAUUUUGUGACCCUGCAUGACCCUGCAACCCCACUACCCCCCAACCCCCUCCCUAUGCCCUUCAAUCAAUGGGGAAAUAGUGUGUUUUGGCCUUCACUCAGCUUAAAUUUAUCCUUGAAAUGCUACAGCCUUUGAAAUUUGGGCAUCAGAGAAUGAAGGGCAAAUUAAAGAUACCAGACACUAGCUACUCCAGUAACUCUCCUCUGCCUUUUUGGCUGGUAAGAUCAUGAGCUUUUUUUGAAGGAAGUAUGGGUAGUCAGUAGAAUUUUUAUCAGAAUUUGAUGGUUAACUUUAUUACAUGUCCUUUUUGGGUUUUUAAGCAAUCUUUUGGGAUCAUUAUACGCUUCUGCUGAAACUGCCCACAUACCCCUCCCCUACGCAAACAUUUUGCCCUAAGUGAGAAGUAAGUGUUAAUGUUGGCUUAGGGGAGGGGUAGGUGGGCAGUUUCUUGGAAACGUAAUAAUGAUCCAUCUUUUGGAGGUAUAGUUUGAAAGAUCUUGUCCCCUGCAGAAGGUAGGCCAAAAGUAUACCUUAGACUGAUGACAUCAGACUUUGGAGUACGGAAAAAGUGGAUCCACACAGGUGUUUGUGGGUGACUGAGAUGUAACAAGUGUUAAAUGACUAGAUCCUUCACUAUAAUUCUUUCCUGUAUUUAUGUUGUCUUUAAAGCUACCAGAACCACUGUCAUGACCUUGAAGUAUUACUCAGUUUAAUAAAAUAGAAAAAUGCUAAUUAAAAGAGGAUUAAGCUUUGAUUUAAACGACCUUUGUUGUAUAUGAUGGGGAAUACUUGAAACAUGGAUUGCAGUUGGCAAACGUAAAAUGGCUUGGCCAAAUUAAGCUAAUGAAGGUAAUCUUUUCUUCAGAAUUAUAUGAAAGCAAGUAAGCUUGGACCAGAUAACAACCAACAGGGAAUAAUUAUGACUUCAGCAUGCGACCCUGGUCUGUUGCAUCCAAGAGAGGCACGUGCUGAGUUUCGUAAGAAUAAUUUGACCCACAUUUCCUGCAGCCAGUUUUGUGCUGGUUAUCUACAAGCUAACAUUGCAUGCUUGCCAUCCAACAUGGCAGAUGACUUUGAACUGUUAUGUGCUAAGAACAGUUCUGCAUUUCCUCAUCUCUACCGCAGUCAACCAGGAGAGGUGUCGGCCCUGCCUUUGGCCUCUGAUUCAGAUGUAAGGUAAGUGAAACUAUGAAAGACAUAUAGACACAGAUACCAAGUUUAUUUGCCAGGUGAUAAGUCAAAUGUCAGUGCAACUGUAUGUGGAAGACAUUUUGAUGUAUACCGAUGCCCUCACCAAGGUUAUUUGCUAGGCACAAGUCAAGUAUCCAAUUUUUUUCUCUCUUUUUUGGUUUUAAUUUCCAUGUGCCCCUGUAAGGGUGAAAUUCCCAUAAGGCAACUCUAUAAUGUGAAAACUCAUGUAUAAGGCAGACAUCUCUGCUGACCUGACACCCCUGUGAAGCAGAUCAAUAUUCUGGACACCCAAACCCCUACAAGGGUGGGUCAUUCUUGCAAGGCCAAAAUCUCUGUUUAACUAACACUCCUGUAAGGCAGAUAUCCUAAUAGUUUGGACAUCCCACCCAUAUAAAACAGAUAAUCCUACAAUGGGGCAGUGCAUGCUGCAAGGCCGGCAAGACUGUGGAACCAACACCCAUAUAAGGCAGAUACCCCCUACAAAUUUUACAGUCAAACCUGUAUUAAGUACUGCCUAUAAUGGGUUACUUUUGGAAGGUCAGAAACUUUGUUAACUCGACACUCCUCUAAGACAGAUAUCCUGAUUUGGUGGGCACCCAUGUCCUUCUUGUGACAGGGCAGACGCCCCUACAAUUAGUCAUUCCCACAAAGCUGACGACUCUGUCAAACCAACACUCUUGGAUGGCAGAUCCCCCUUUACGGUGAUGGAUCUGGGGGAGGGGCCCCGGGGGCCAGGCACCCCCUUAUUUUUAGACCAAACUGAGGCCCAAAGGGCCGAAAAAUAUUUUUUGGAGACUGGGUCCCCUCCUUAUCUCAGGGUCUGGAUGACCAGCCCCCCCCCCCCCCCCCCCCCCCCCCCCCCCCCCCCCCCCCCCCCCCCCCCCCCCCCCCCCCCCUCUCUGCGCUCCCCCCCCCGUCUUUCGUUUUUUUUGUUUUUUUUUUUUUUGUGAUAAAGGUUUUUUUUUAAUGUCUGCAAAAAUAAAAUUACACACAAAACAAAAAAAAAAAAAAAAAAAUAAAAAUAUAAAAAUAUAAUACGAAUUUAAUCUUCUCUCAACUUUUACUCACGGUACCUGGGGGUGGCCCCCCGCAGGCCCGGCACCCCGCUAGUUUCCCACCAACAUGCCGCCCAAAGGGCCGAAACAAAAUUAUUCGCGACUGCGUCCCCCCCAUACCCCCAGGUCUGCGUCGCCCACCCCCCCCACCCCCCCCCCUCUUCCUCCAGCCCUAAUCUCAAGGUCUGGAUCCGGCACUGCUUUAUGUGGAGAUCCACGCCUCUUUUAGGUUGAUACUAUGUUAACUUUAAGGGGGGACAAUCGCUUAGGUUUCACUGCAUAAAAAAUGAAAUUCCCCAAAAGAAAAAAGUUUGAAAUGUUUGAACCUAAUUGACCUUACACUCUGCACUUUUCCCCUUCUAACAAUUUUCAGUCUCUUUCCAACGCAAAAAUCUAGUGUGGGUUAUGGUUUCCUCUAAUGCCAGCCAUCACGACUGCACAGGCCAACCAAAAGGUCUCCGUGAUAUCUGUUGAUGACCAGUGGUACAAUGGCUUUAAUACGGAAAGGAGAUGAGUUUUUUCCUUUCGUUUUUAUACACUAUUUGUUUCAUCGGUUCCCUUUAAAUGCAAAAAGCGUUUUUGCCGUUUUUUUCGCUCUGGUAACUAUACAUGCAUGUCAGCUGUUUCUGGUAAGAUGGCAUUGAUGAGACCGGUAUUAUUUCCUGCCUGCCUGAUAGAGUCAGACGACUGACGAAUGUGUCCAAAGAAUGGCGUGGAUUAAAUCUUAUCCAUUUGAUACAGCUGUCCGUCUUGUAGAGGUGUCUGGUAACUCUUGUUAAUAUAACGUUGACCGUACUCCAUCUAGCAAAUAACUGGUAAGACUCGUUCUUUUCUCUUUUCUUUUCUAGAACUGACCUUCCACUGUACGCAAUCAGUGAAGAUGGAGUCCUAACAAAGCACGCUACUGACCUGCUAGACAUUCCUUGGGAAGACAUGGUCACAUUCUACUUUGGCUGUAGUUUUUCAUUUGACCACUUGCUUUUGGCCUCAAACGUUCCAGUGCGACAUAUGAUCGAGAAAAGAGACCCUCCAACAUACACCUCAGAUAUCCCCUUCUUACCGCAGGGACCUUUCGCGGGGAACAUGGUGGUGUCAUUACGAACAAUACCACGGGAAUUCGUACAGAAAGUGGCGGAGGUCUGUACUCCCCUGGAUUUUGCUCAUGGCGCCCCUAUUCAUAUCGGGGAUCCUAAAAUUAUCGGGAUAGAGGACUUUUUACAUCCCCCUUUCGGUGACGGGCCAGUAGUUCGUGAAGAUGAUGUUUUUAUUUUCUGGGGCUGUGGAAUAUCUGCAACUGAAGUUGUCACGUCUGCAAGUAUGUUUUUGUCUUAUUUCAAUCUUUUUUCAACAACUGAUGAAUAGUCAAUGGGCGUGCAUAGUCUUUGAUUUAAAUCGGUUUUGCAAUUGGUUUUUUAAACCCUGACAAAAUUUUCCUCCUAGAGCCUCGCAUAGCUGUCACUUUAUCUCCCAGGUGCGUUGGUUCCUUAUUUAUUACAGAUCUACGAGUAAUGGAGUGUUACGAGGAACGCAAGAAAGAAUCUCAACAAAAUCAUCUAUCUCCCAAAGUGGUUUUUCUCUCCGAGUCACCGCAGUUCGCUUCGCUAGUCUCUCAACAAGCCAUCGAUCAAAUAACAGCGAAACGAAACGAGCUGAUAUCGCAAAUUCAAAAAUCGACAGAUGGUGUUGUGCAACCGACUGGUUCUCUUCUGAAAUCUGCAAUGUUUCUUUCCCAUGCGUCAUCAGUUGCUAUAGUUACGGAAGGAGUUAAAAUGAGGCAGCUUGAAGCAGUGGUUUGUCUUGCAAAAGCGCUUCUUGCUCAAGAAAAGGAAAUUACCAUCCUUACUUCGGAGAGCAUCGUUUCGGAGUGGUGGGCCUUUCUAAACAAAUGCGAAGCUAAAGGGAUUUUGCAAAAAUGCAUAUCAGUGACUUCACUAAAAGCACAUGCGGUUGUCCAGAGUUUAGGUCCCAGGUUCUUCUCCUCCAGCCUCAACUCGGUGGUUACAGUGAACAAAGAAGGUAUGUGAUAAACACUGUUGGUACCAGUCCUUCCUUUUUUCUUCUUAAAUUAAAGUUAGUGUGUGGUUACAUUAAACAAAUGUUCCUGUCAAACCUGUAUUAAGUGGAAUGUAUAGUCAACUGAGCUCUCUAUACAGGUUCACUGUGUGAUAGAGUGGUAAAGACAAUAUUAAGCUAGGCGAACUCGAUGAGACUUCAAGGAUCACUUCAUAAAGGGUAGAGGCGUUAUACAGAAAUCUAUACUGCCGGGAUUGACAUGAUAUGGGCCAAAUUGUGAAAAUGGCUAUUCUUAUACUAAAAGAUGUCGAAGUUGCCUGGACGUUUUAAACGUCUGUCCAAAGCGACAUUAAGUUCGUCUUGCUUGAAAGACGUCUGUUCGCAUUGAUCAGACCCUUCCAGUUGUGAAACUUAGAAAAAUUAUCAUUUGACGUGUUUGUUCGAAAAAUAGUGUUAUAUACCGUAUGCAUGAUGACUUCACAAAACUUGUUUCUUCAAAUGGGGUGCAUUUGCACACUACUAAUGUGAAACCUUCUCGAUGUCAACAUGUUCUUAAUAUUAAUUUCUACAUAAUUCUUCCUUUUAAGGCUGUCUUCCUUCUAUGACUUAUCAAUUAGUGCUUUACUCAAUUUACGGCUUCCAAUAACAUAUAAACAUGAUUAAAAAAGGGUUCUCUUAUACUUGAAAUCAAAAUCCGCAUCAUCCUCAUCAUCUAAGCCUUAACAGAAAUGAGUUAACUUGUGAAGAUUUCGCCAUGAAUUUCAAAGUAUAGCACCCCUUAACUGAUUUCUUCAGCCGCGGUAUUUUCAUUUUUCAGGGACGUUAGCUGUUCAAAGCAUGUUGUCGAUGGGAGAGGAUAUCAGAGACGUUAACCAAAUCAACAUUGCUGCACCAAAUGAAAACGCCUGCUGGCUCGACCCCAGCAUGGUUGCCAUGGCAACCUACAUUCUCCACGCAUGUCCUAUUCACGAUCGGUAUGUGAGACGUGGUCGAGGAGAGCACAUCGUAAGGCCUAAAGAAGAGUUUCUCCUUUCCCCAAAGCAGGUACUGGAAAUUGCUCUUGGUAAAUAG